GACGUUUCCAAAUUCCUCCUCCAAUCAGAUAAUACCAUGGAUACUACUAUAUUUUAGACACUAGAGGCGCUAUUAAGUCCAUUUCAGUCUGCAUGUCAUCAAAGAUGCUCAUCUUUGGCUGUAUGAUCUAUGUGACUUGCGUUAGAUAAAGUAGACUAUGAUAAGAGGUUAAAUAUAGUGAAGGUUAGUGUUAAAGGACAUUUCUUAAAAUGACAAUGCACCAAAGGUUAUAAAGCAUACGCAUUAAUAAAACUUGCUUUUCAGUAAACCCAAGCAAUCAAAUAAGCAUUUUGGUCAUGAAUGUUGUCUCAACAAAAAGCCAUUUCUUAACGUUUUGGGAGCCCUAUGUGGAUUACUUGGGAUUAUACAUUAUUUAGGCCUAAAGUUAUUAGCCUGUUAUACAGGAUGGGUUCCCCUUUACUCCCUGUAAAUUUGACCUUUGAUUAAUACCAUAUAGGUCUAUUGAAUGGUAUACAAUUUCCACAUAUAAUUAAAUGGUGUUAAAUCGCAAUAUGGGGGGAAUUUACUGCGAAUAUGGCCUAUAGCCUGCAUGUUAUUCAGUUUUCGUUGGGGGCUGCCUGCCCAUUAGCACAAGCAAAUAGGAGUUUCAUUGAUCCGCGUCGUUUCUCCUUUCCCGGUUCUCACUCUCGUCCCACGGCAGGGCGAUGAGGCUGACUGAAAAUCGUCUCCUCUGCUGAUGAUAGAACCUACUGAUGGUAGAAGCACUGUCUUCGCUGCCUACAACCGGAGACCUAACAUGAAUUUGGCAUUGCUUGUUCUAACAGCCGCGCUUUUGGCUGCGGAUAGCGGCUUCUGUUAUUCCAGCAGCGUCCCUUCAUUCAUCCUGCCGUUUACUGACUGCGUCCAGAGCCGUGGGAAAGACGGUUUCUACCGGGGAGCUAUAGACGUCACUGAGUCCGGCACCCGGUGCAUGAACUGGACCGAAGUGGCCGGCUUCAAGGAGCGCUACCCGGGAAAAGGAAUAGGAGAACACAAUCACUGUCGCAACCCGGACGGCAGGAUCCGACCCUGGUGCUUUUUCAGGAACCACAAAGGCAGAGUGGACUGGGGGUACUGCGACUGUAAACAAGGCUCUGUACGUCUGCAAGGAGGUCGCUCCAAGCUAGAUGGCAGGGUGGAAGUCUAUCUGGGAGGAGUGUGGGGGUCCGUGUGUAGCGAUGACUGGGGGAACGAAGACGCUGCAGUGGUUUGCAGACAGCUGGGCAAGGGGAUCUCAGGUCAUGCACGUGCAGUUCCCCUGUUUCGUCCAAGCAUGGCCAAGCUCCAUUGGAGGGCGGUUCAUUGCCAGGGAGAGGAGCCAGACCUGCUCCUGUGUCCUAAGACUGCUUGGAAUGGAGGGGAAUGUUCUCUGGCUGCAGCCAUCACAUGCACACAGCAGCAUGCAGUAGUGACGCUCCCUAUACGGCUGGUGGGGGGUCGAUCAGGGUCAGAGGGCACAGUGGAGGUCUUCCAUGCAGGGCAGUGGGGUUCCAUAUGUGACGACCAAUGGGACGACAGUGAUGCAGAGGUGGUGUGUCGACAACUGGGGCUGAGCGGUGUGGCGAAGGCAUGGGGCCAGGCACAUUUUGGCAAGGGUUCAGACCGUGUCUGGCUGGAUGAGGUGCGUUGCACAGGCAAUGAGCUCACUCUGGAGCAGUGUCCAAAAAGUGCCUGGGGGGAACACAACUGUCUGCACUCUGAGGAUGCAGGAGUGUCCUGCAACCCUAUUACAGAUGGCUCUGUUAGGUUGGUAGGGGGCACCAGCAGCUAUGAGGGACGUUUAGAAGUAUUUUACCGUGGUCAGUGGGGGACAGUGUGUGAUGACGGCUGGACAGACUCUAACACACAAGUUGUGUGCCGAGAACUUGGUUACAGAUUAGGUGAGACUCUCCUUUCUGAAGGACUAGACAUCACCUCAGUCCCACGCUUCGGGGUGGGGUCAGGUCCCAUUCUUUUGGAUGAUGUGAGCUGCACAGGGAAAGAGCCUAGCCUAUUGCUGUGCAACAGGAAGGAGUGGCUCCGCCAUGACUGCACACACCAUGAAGAUGUGAACAUUGCAUGCAGCGCUGAUCGCAAUGGAGACAGUCUUCCAACGAGUGUGCCAAUAAGGCUUGUGGGAGGAGAGAGCCCUAGGGAAGGCCGGGUGGAGCUCUAUCUGGCUGGACAAUGGGGGACCGUGUGUGAUGACGGAUGGACUGAUCGUGACGCUGAGGUGGUGUGCCGACAGCUGGGCUACAGUGGGGUUGCAAAGGCCCGUGUGAUGGCGUACUUCGGGGAGGGGACAGGGCCCAUCCACGUGGACAAUGUUAAGUGCGGUGGCGAGGAGCGUUUGUUAGCAGACUGCAUCAAACAGACACUUGGCACUCACAACUGUCGUCAUAGUGAGGACGCUGGGGUCAUCUGUGACUAUGGUGAAUCGCAAACCAGCUACAAAGAGGUCAAAGGGGUGGCUGGCCAUGGCAGGCUGCAGUUCGUUUGCGAGGAUCUCGAGGAGACGGGAGGUUGGUGUGUGGAGCGACUCUCAUUGACACCUGCUGGGUCCUCACCUCAGCACACUGCUUCAAGAGGAACGUCUUGGCAUUCCCAGGUCAGGAGAUCUUUCCGGAAACACUCUACCAGUUGUAACUGGACACACAGACUUGGCUCGAUCGAAAGGUACGGAAACAGCACCAAGCAAUAUAAAGUUAGAGUGGGCGACUACCACUCCCUCGUCCCUGAGGAAUAUGAAGAAGAGUACGGCGUCGAUCAGAUUGUCCUCCACCCAGGCUACCACUCCCAUAACAACGAUUACGACCUGGCCUUGGUUCGUCUGUCACCGGGGGCCGUGGGCCAGAUGCCGGGAGAGUGUGUGUCAUUCAGCCGUCAUGUUCUUCCCGCCUGUCUGCCCAUGAGGAAAGAGAGAGUGCUCAAACAAGCCAGCAACUGUCAUAUUACUGGCUGGGGUGAUACGGGUCGCUCAUACUCCAAGACCCUACAGCAGGCCCCCCUCUCCUUACUUCCCCGGCGUCAUUGCCAGCAGCAUUUCCACAGUGCCUUCACAAGCCGCAUGCUCUGUGCCGGCAGCAUCCAAUCGGAAAGACGUGUGGACAGUUGCCGUGGUGACAGUGGCGGUCCGUUGGUGUGUGAGCGUCCGGGAGGGGGUUGGGUGGUUUACGGGGUCACAUCCUGGGGUCAUGCCUGUCGGACACAACAGUCCCCCGGCGUCUACACCAAAGUCUCUGCCUUCAGCUCCUGGAUACGCAAGGUGAUUGGGCGUGAUGACAGGAAAGAGAAAAAGCGAUGAAAGGUGAAUGACAAAUUUAAAGAAUUGACCUCUCAAUCAGAAAGAAUGACACUCAAAGACUUACUCGAUUGGUCAGGUGACAACUGAUACAACAAUGUGUUACUGAUGUGAUGAUGUUAUGACCUGAUUAUCCAGUGAUGUAAGUUGUAACCUGACUAUCAAAUGGAGAGCACAAGUCAACGCUGGACUUCUUUUUUUUUUUUUUGGUGAGAGGAAGGCUUUUCUGUCUUUACUCUCAUCUAAGUCAUAAGCACUUAUUUUAAUGAUUUAAUAUUCUCUUGAGCUGCAAGAUUUUGGAUGGUGUUAAAUCUCAACUCAAAAAAAUGCAACUGUAACUUAAAUAUCUUUUUGUUGUUUCUUGUGACAUUGCAUAAUACACUUAAAAACAUUAUUUUUUUACCAAAAUAAUGUUUUCUGUGCUUGCUUUUGUUGUAAAGUUGUGAUUUAUGGUAUGAACUGUGAUUAAAAUGGUUGAAAAGGGACCACAGUAAAAAACAAAACAGAAAUAAAUGCAUGCACUCGUGCGUACAUAGUAAGUAUUGGCAUGAUAUGAAGUUGCAGACUUGCACUAAGAAUCCCCCUUUAGGUACUUAUUGCAUGAUAUUCAGUGAUUUUGUGUUAAGCAUUCUGGUCACAUUGACAUUUGCCAAAUUGAAAUAUGCAUUUCAGCCUGAUUUCAUUAUUGUUUAUGUAAUGUGUCUCCAUUGGGCUCAUUGUUUUGCUGUGUAAAAAGCAGAUUUCAGGUCUUAGUAAUUACUCAGGCAUUUAUCAUUUACAAGCAGUCAGUAUUUGUCCUUAACUCAGUGCUGCUUGGCAUUUGCAGAGAAAGGAAGGGACUAAAGUGUUUCUGAAUCAAAGCACAUAACAGCAUUUCUAAGUGUUGAUUUGUCGUAUUGACACUGUUAAUUCAUGUUCUUUUGUUCUAGUAGGAUAGUUAAGUGUUGUCGAGGUUUUGACAACACUGAAUGGAGACAAUCUGGUACACUUGAAAAAAAACUACACUGCCUUCUUAUUUGGUGUUUACUGACUAUGUGUUGUGUUUUAAUGUACUGUAACAUUUCUUUAUAAAUAGGUUUUUGUAAAAA